AUGGGGGUAAAGGUUGUAUUUUAAGGCAAGGGCGGUUUCCAGAAAGACGGGAUUUGGUUGGAAGGUGGGUUGAGUGCCCGACGGAUGAGUGCACCUUAUUCCGCACCCCUGCGCCGGCCUUGGGAACUACACCAGGCCCCCCCAGCUCUCACGCAGACGAUAGUGCGGCCUGCGGGGCUCCCCUGGCGGACGAGGCUAAUGGUUCGCCCCGCCCCGCCCACACAGAGGCCGCCCACUGGCUCCAGCUGCGUUUCUUGACUUUGGUCAGACCGGUUACUGAGGAAGGCGCUUGGCUCUCGCCCUCCGACCCUCCUUGGGGUAGGGCGCAUUGUCUUCAGUUCGGCCCGCUCAUUCAGACCCAGCCUCUGCCCUCCGAUUUGA